ACUUGCGCGCUCGCGCUGUACCUGUACGGCUGGUACGCAUUUUCGUUAAUAGCGUCUGCUUUAUGCUUAUUAUGCCUUUCACAGCUUCGGUCGCCUACCGCUAGGGGUGCCACUUUUGCUUGAACUUGCCAAUACACAAAUCCGCCACCGCACGCUUGAACGCCAUCACAGACCUUGGUACUCAAUACCGUUCAAGUUGAGGUUAUGUUUUGAAGUUUGUAUACACAACAUGAGUACCACAAAAGUAGUUUCGAAGUACGGAAAAAAAAGCGCUAAUCCAUAUCCUCUGGAAAAAGUUCGUUGCCAAAAAUGUCUUGAAAUGGGCCAUUGGAGUUAUGAAUGCAAAGGAAAAAGGAAAUAUCUUCAUCGCAAUUCUCGCACUGUUCAACUGAAAAAAGCCUUGGAAAAAAAGCCAGAAGAUAGGUUCAAUAAUGAAGCCAGCAAUACAGAAGAGCCAACAAACAAAAAAUCCAAGGCUAAGGACAGCGCAAGCAGUGACAGUGACAGUGAUAGCAGUAGCAGCAGCAGCAACAAUAGUAGCCGUAGUAGCAGCAGCAGUAGCAGCAGCAGCAGCAGCAGUUCCUCAGACAGUGAGUCGGAUUCAAGUGACUCGACUAGCUCCAACAGCAGUAGCUCUAGCAGUAGUAGCGCUGCUAGUAAAAAGAAAACAAAUAAAAAAAAGAAAUCUAGCUCUAACAAGAAGAAAUGAUAGCUCUAAGAAAAAUUCUAUCUUUUUUUAUUACUUCAAUUUCGAAUUUAGAUCUUUUUAAAUUAAAUUUAAACCUAAAACAUUGUGAUCAACACUAUUUAAUAAUUGCAUAAAAAAAGUAUGCAAAUACAUAUAGUUGUCUGCUACUCUAACAGCCGAGAACAAGACUGUAAUUCAGAUGUCUGAAUUACGUGUAUUUACUGAUAGAUGGUUUUAUUUACUUCAACAAGAGACUGGGUAAAAAAUUGUCAAUACUACCCUGAAAAAUAUACAAAUAUUCUUAAAUUUAAUUGUACUUUUAUUCAACCAAAACAUAUUUUUGGGCUAGCUAAAUUAGUUGAACAAGGGAUGAAAUAAUAAAAUAUUUCGAUACACAUAAUCGAUAUAUUUUUAUAAAAAUAUUGCAAUAUCUUUUUACAACAAAAAUAUUUAUAUUUAAAAUUAAUAGUGAUAUUUUAAUGAAUUGUAUAGCUAAAACAGAGCCUUACAGUUAAAACGAUAGAUAAAAUGAUUAUAAAUAGAUCAUUUUGAUGAUAUCUUAAUGUACGGAUUUAUAGUUUGAAAUAAGGAUCAUAUUAAAAAGUAUUGACUUAAGUAAAACAGCUGAUACAAUAACUUAAAUUCUAAUCUUCAUCCACAGCUGGCAAAGUUUGGAUGAUCAUUUUUCGUUUUGGAUCAUAUGUAAAAUCGUUGGAUCUAAAUAUGUUGCUCUUAUAAAAUUGUGUAAGGUUGUAAACUUUGAAUUGCUUAGCCUGUAAUUAAAUAUAAAAUAGUUGUUAAUAAAGCUAUAAUUGAAAAAAGUA